UGAACAACUGACUCGGAACAAGAGCGCUCUCAACAAACACGCCGCGAAUCACGGCUGACCAUGCUCCCACUACUAGGUAUCAUGCAACAUACUGCGUAGUACUAGUAGGCCUGCUAGUGCCACUGCCAGAUGAGCUCAUGCGGCGCCAUAACCAUACAUGGCUAUCGGGACAGCCGCGAAGGACAUAGAGAAGCAAUCUGACGCGAUAUGAGACGAGCGCUUCUGAGCACCCUACGGCGCCUGCACACGGUGUGCACGAUUCCUAUAAGCCUAACCGGUCUGCAGGGCCCUGCGUUGACCGAGCCAUAUUCGCGUUCAACGAGCCGACGAUGGCGGGUUCAAAGGGAGACUUGGCCGCCACGGACAUUGAGCUCGAAAACCCGGACCAGAAGGUGGUAAAGCGGAAGACGAAGUGGUACCGGUCGACGAUUUACAAUGCGCUUAUUCUUGGAGUGUGCAACCUCCUUGCACCAGGCAUCUGGGGUGCUAUGAAUUCCCUCGGCGCCGGAGGGGCACAGAAACCAUACCUGGUUAACGCAGGCAACGCAUUGACGUUCUGUCUCAUGGUCGUCACCUGCAUCCUGUCAAGUGUCGUGGUCAGAGCGAUUGGGAUCAAGUGGACGCUCAUUAUUGGUACCAUGGGAUAUUGCCCAUACGCCGCCGGGCUCUACACCAACAACAGGUUCGGUACCGAGUGGCUUGUCCUCUUCGGCGCUGCACUGUGCGGCUUGUCGGCUGGUAUCUUCUGGAUGUCCGAAGCCGCGAUCGCUCUCUCAUACCCCGAGCCAUACAACCAGGGUCGCUUCUUGGGGCUUUGGCUCACCUUCCGGGUCGGGGGACAGAUCCUGGGAGGCGCGAUAAACCUCGGUAUCAAUGCGAAGCGCAACGAGGCUGGCAGUGUCUCGUACAUAGUGUACAUCGUCUUCAUCGUGCUGCAGGCGCUUGCGCCAUUCGCAGGCCUCCUGCUGAACAGGCCCGAACAGGUCGAGCGGAAGGACGGCGUCAAAGUUCGCCUGCAGAUUUCGAAUGGCAACGUCGCGGAGCUUCGGGAGACGGCGAGGCUUUUCUUCACCAAGAACUUCCUCCUCAUAGUCCCCCUCAUCGUGCAAGCGGUGUAUUCCGAAGCCGUGGUCUUCACGUAUCAAUCGCUCUGGUUCACCGUGCGCGUACGCGCGCUCGGCUCGUUCCUCUCCGGCAUCGUAGCGAUGAUCUCGGGCAACCUGCUCGGCGCCUUCCUCGACUACACAAAGCUCAGGUUGUACACCCGCGCACGCUGGGCAUUCUUCGUGGUCUUCGGCUUGCAGGGCAUGUGGUGGCUCUGGGCGACGGUCCUCGUGACCGAGUUCCGCAAGACACAGCCAACAUACGACUGGGUCGACCCGGGCUUCGGCAGAGGCUUCGCGCUCUUCCUCUUCCUGGUCAUUGGGUUCCAAAUCCAGUACCUGUACUUGUAUUUCGCAGUCGGAAACCUAGCAGACAGCGAGGCGGAGGUUGUGCGCAUCGCGGGGCUACUCCGGGGCGUGGAGUCGGCUUCACAGGCCGUUAGUUACGGAUUGAACAGCAUACCUAUCUUCGCCCAGGUCGGCGGAGUGUACUUGAACUUUGGCCUGUGGGCCAUCUCGUUAUACCCAGGCUGGCUCGUCGUCCGCCAGAUUGGAUAUGGCCUGGGAGAUAAGAAGGUCCAUCGCGAGGCGAAAUUGGUGCAAGAAGAGGGGGAGGACGGGAAGAGUCCCAGCGUAACCGAAGAAUCAGCAAGUUAAAUAGACUUCUCUUACCCACGCGAUACAUCGGGUA